AUGCAGAAGGAUCGUGGAAGUGCACUUCUAUCAGCAAGGAGCCGGGGCAUGCCGUGGCGACUUCAUGUCCUUCAAGCCUUGGCGCUCAAGCGAGGAAUCAAUAGCUUGGCUUCGCCAUCUAGAGUGUUGAAGAGGAUCGCGGUGGAUGUGCAGAUUCAAACCGCAAGAUGGAAGAAGCAAAUGCUGCUGGAACAUGUUGGCAUACGGCGGCUAUGCCCUGAGACCGUGCUUUCGUCAAGUGACAGGCCGCCCUGUAGUUGGAGAAGCUCGGGCGGUCUGGAGUUUCGUGUCUGUGAACAUAACAAAGGCACCGAUGAUUUCUUCCCGGUGAUCCGGCAUCCUAGCUCGCCAAGCGAGUUCAGGUGCAGCGGCGAGUCGACAUAUAUCACAAAACAAGUAGAUCCACGGACAGUCUCCGCCGCAGGAUUGCUCUGGCAAUCCCGACGGCAGAUUGCGGUACGAUGCGCAGCGCUCAUCGCUUAG